CAUAUUUUUGGUUGAUGUAUGAACAAAAAAAUAUUGUUGCUUCAAAUUAGGAUUUGAUGAUUACAAAUUAUCAUUCUAGUUUUAUUUCGAUACAACAAUAAAACGGUGUAUUUCAAUCUGUUGUAAAUAAUAUCUUGUUUCAGAUUAAAAUAAACCAUCAUUGUUGUUUGUUUUCACUUGGCUUGUAAGUUAUCGAUACUAAAAUACUCGAUACCUUAAAAAAAAUCGAUGCAGAAAUUUUCGAUCUUGGUAUCGUCCAUCUCUAUCUGUCAUAACUCAACGUGUUUUUCCGGUUUUUCUUGCGGUCUUUUCACAGCGACUUGUAGUGAGUGUAAAAAAAUCCUGCCCGGGUUCAAUACGACGUAAUUUUGCUGGUGUUAUUGGUAACUCUAGUGCGUGCCGUUUAACUACACGGAUAAAACCAGAUAUCGACAUCAUCAGUGGGCUACGCAGUCUUGCACAAUGUCAGAAUCGUUUCCAUCGGAUGUUCCAAAACAUGAUGAUAUCAGUAACAAUCAGAAUCUUGACAUAGAAUAUUUGGAUGCCGAUUCGCGAUUCGUUCACUGGGCUGACAAUGAAAUUAUACAGUUGCUACAGUCGUUCAAAGUGUCAACGGAAGUUAUUCAGAAGUUCGUGGUCGACGAAUACGAUAUAAAUACGUUGCGAGUAAUAGAAAGAAAGGAAAUAGAAGAUCUUGUGGGCGAUCCACAUCUAGCCGAUCGUACCAAAAUUAUUCAUGGUUUAAACUUCUGGAGACAAUCCCAAAAUUUGCCUGUUAUUUCUUCAGUAUGUUGUGGGAUAAGCAAUAAGGAGAAUUUAUCUGGAAACAUUAGCAAUCAAUCUCAGAAAGUUGAACGUUACAAUUGUACUGCAACAGUUUUUCUCCAGAAUUCAGUUAAAGGUAAGCUCAUUUUUGAUGAAUAUCGUCAAAUACCAUCACUGUCGAAGUACCAAAAAAGGUUAUCACACAUAUUGUCGUCGAUGAGUUCAAGGAUCUCUAUGGAAAGCUCACGCAUGCAGAACUAUUAGCAAGAGCGACUGAACUUCACCAUUUGUUUCCAUCAGAAUCAGAGGUAGUUUUGACAUUCAGUUUCUGUAACCAACCUUGCUGUAAAUUGAUUUGAAAUUAUCUAGUCAUCAUGCACUAAAUAAUACCUGUUGAAAUUAUGCACUGACUUCAUAUGACGACAUGUAUUGUAUGACAACUCACACGCAGUUACUAUUGCUUUUGGGCGUUGAUUAUGCUGCGCCUUGGAUAGAAAUCAACAUUUUUAUUAUACACCAUACUAUUUUUUCAGUGAAAGUGCAGUUUCCUAAAAAAUUGUAUUUACUUUUUUUUGCAGCACUUCUGGUACCAGCCUACAUUUACCUACAUCGACGGGAGGAAGAUUAAGCUUGGGCGAUUGCCGAAAGGUGCUUUAUAUGAUCGAAACUGUAAUUAUAAAUGUCUAAAACGCACAGCGCUACUUGAAGAAUCAGAAAUCAGCACUUUCGUGGAUCCAUUUUCUGAGAAACAACGUAAGUUGUCCCUGAAUCAUCUACCAAAUUU